AUGUUUUCAAAUCUUCAUAUUUAUAAAAUUAGGUCUGAACAAGUUUCAUUGAAACAUAAAGUCAGUGUCUUGACCAAACAUAUAAAAGAUAUUAAAGAUACCAACAAAAGUCAAAUAAAUAUCAACUCCAAUACAACUCUAAGUAAUGCUUUUGUCCAAGUGAUGAAGGAUAAAUUGUAUAAUCAAGAAUACCGAAAGAAUGUUAAAGGUGAAGGAUCGUGGAAGAUUUGUCAAGAUUCUGACAAGUGGCAUGUCAACCGAUCAAAUCAAUGUCAAGUAUUCUCAUUUGGAAUUGCAUAUGAUUUUACUUUUGAUGAUGAAUUGAUAAAGCUUGACAGUAAAGUUGGUAUUGCUGAUAAAGAUACUAAUGAUUUUGAAGGAAAGGAGUACAAAGGAAGCAAAAAGCAAGUCUGGGAAGUAUACACUUUAGAAACUCUCAUGAAGAGAUUCAAAGUUGAAUAUUUGGACUUUUUAAAGAUGGAUAUCGAAGGAAAUGAGUGGCCAAUUCUUAAGCAGUGGAUUGAAAGUGAAUCUUAUCAGAGUACUCCAUGUGAUCAGAUAAAGAAAUCUUCAAUGCUUUCAGAAGUAUGUUUACUAGUUUCAACUUUUAUGAAUAGAAAUAACUUAUUAAUAUUAAUUUUUUCUGUUAUUCUUGUUACAAUAAUUAGUUCAAGUAUUUAUAUUACCUCUGCCAAUUCAAAAACAGAUGUAACAUAUGGUAUAGAAAAAAUUACAAAAGAUCAAGAGACUUUAAAGAAUACUUUGAAUGUCUUGAUUACCCAUAUCAAAGAAAUCAAAGAUAAUAAUGAAGAGCAAAUGAAGAAAAUAGAAAGAAUUGAUCAAAAUAUUUUUAUUCCACAAUUAAAGAAUCAACUAGUUGAUAAUAAUAAUAUUAGUGAAGCCUUUGUCCAAGUUAUGAAGAAUAAAUUAUAUAAAGACUAUACCGAGGAACAAAGUGCAGAAGUAGGAUCUCUUCUAUUAAAUUCUGUUUUAUUCGAGGAUGGUAAAUGUAACUCGUACAAGGUACUUGGAGGUGGCACAGUAAAUGCUGUUCCUGGUGAAGGAUCGUGGAAGAUUUGCCAAGAUUCUGACAAGUGGCAUGUUAACCGAUCAAAUCAAUGUCAAGUAUUUUCAUUCGGUAUUGCAAAUGAUUUUACUUUUGAUGAUGAAUUGACAAAGCUUGGUUGUAAAGUUGAAAGCUUUGAUCCUUCAAUGUCGAUGGAGAGUCAAAAGAGAAGUGAUUUAAAUAAUUUUUGGAAAAUAGGUAUUGCUGAUAAAGAUACCCAGACCUUUGAAGGAAAGGAGUACGGAGGAAGUUCAAAGCAAGUCUGGGAAGUAUACACUUUAGAAACUCUCAUGAAGAGAUUCAAAGUUGAAUAUUUGGACUUUUUAAAGAUCGGACUAUCGAAGGAAAUGAGUGGCCAAUUCUCAAACAAUGGGUCAAUAGUGGUAUUCUCAAGAAAGUCAAGAUGCUCACCUUCGAGAUCCAUUUCUGGGGUACCCAUAAUGUUCAAACUCAUUUGGAGUGGGCCAAAAUAA